UCUCUGGUAAUCCUGAAUAUAUUUCAUCUUCUUUUUCUCUGGUAACUCUUUAUACUUUUUGUACAGACACACUAGGGAGUUUUGGAUGACGGCUGGCAGGGGUCCGCCCACACGAGGUCCCUGAAGAGAGAGUUUCCUAGACUUGGAGCAGCUGAUGACAAACAAUCCAUUUCAUCCUCUACCGGGCAGUGCCUAACACCAGCAUGGCUGCCCCAAGUGAUCAAGCUCAAUGGUCCAAAGAGGACGUGCUCACUCUCAUGGAAACCAUGAAGUCCAUUCUGCCCAGCCAGGACAAUUUAAAGUUCAAAACCACAGCAUCUUAUCUAGACUGGAACAAGAUGGCCUUCAAGAAUUAUACGGGACCUGUGUGUCGUCAAAAGUGGAUUGAGAUCGCUUUGAGGCAGUUCCGCACUCUCUCAGAACUAAUUCAUGAUGCAGAAGAACAUGUGAAGAACCAAUAUAAAGAAGAAAAACUGAAGAAACGCCCCAAAAAGCCCCUGGCACCCCAUUUCCACUUCUUUGUGGAGAACAGGGCCAAAUAUGCUAAGCUAUAUCCAGAGAUGAGCAACGUAGACUUAACCAAGAUUCUGUACAAAAAGUAUAAAGAGUUACCAGAAAAAAAGAAGAUGAAAUAUAUUCAGGAUUACCAGAGACAGAAGCAAGAAUUUAAGAGAAACAUGGCAAAAUUCAGGGAGGAGCGCCCAGAUCUCCUGCAGGCUACAAAGAAAUCAGAUGUCUCUGUGGUACUACCGCCAUUUGGAAAGCACAUCGACAGACCGAGGCAGGCAUGGACACUAUUUUAUGAGACAAACCGCCUAAGAAAAACUUCUACUGCACGAACGAUAUCCAGCAUCACGUGUGUUUAG